UUUCACGAUGAUUAAGCCACCCCAACAACAAUAAAUCUCCAAGACCCUAAAUAAACCAAUGUCUUAAGACAUAACUUUUGCUAGUGAUGACAAUUUUGGCAUAUGGUUAAGAGUAGUUAUAUUCUAUUUAAUUAUUUAUUUAAAUUUAUUGUCCCCUCUCUUACUUAUGUAUGUUUCCUUUUUUUAGAUACUCAUUUUAUCUCUUAUGGUCCCUAUUUGACCACAAAUCGUUCAUAUUCCCACUCUUAUCAUUAACCUCUUCGAAUAUAUAUGACUACCAAUUCAUGUGUUCUUCAACCCAAACCCAAAGCCAAAACCACAUCAAUGGCUUCCCACUCACAACCCAUCUUUCUCUUCUUCUUGAUUUGGGCAGCAUUUAUCUUCCAAGGAACUGCAGGAUCCAGAACACUAGUUCUACUUCCUCAACAGAACACUGCAACAACAGAAAAACAGUUAGACUUGCAGGUGAAGAAAGUACAUAUUGCAAGCAACACAAUGAUGAGGAGAAGGUCAAUGAUCGGGUCAGUGAAGCCAACUUGCACGUACAAUGAGUGCAGAGGGUGUAGAUCCAGAUGCCGAGCUGAGCAAGUUCCUGUUGAAGGAAAUGACCCCAUAAAUAGUGCUUACCAUUAUAGAUGUAUUUGCCAUAGGUAAGUAAGUUUUCAGUUUUCUUUCUAAAAAUGGAAAACUAGAGUCAAUUGAACUGAAUUCCUUGUUAAAAAUAUGGAGUUUGUAAAUUUUGUUUGAUUUGAACGAUGUGUAUGAUUCUGAGCCCUGUGAGUUUUUGGGGUUUUGUGUUAUCUUUCAGUUCUUGGAAAGAGGUCAUAAUGAUUCUUUGCU